AAUCUCAGUCCUCCAUUCGCUGCAGUUCGGAUUCUCCCCCAUCUCGUUCCCGAUCGCAGCUACCACCACAGCGGCAGUCCGGCGCACCCUCUGUCGUAGCCCGCUCCCAAUUGCGAGCAGCAACUGCUUGGGGAAAGAGUAGAGGGAGAAAGGUGUUGAUGGCAACAGGAACAUCGUCGGCGUAUCCGCCACCUCCUCCGUAUUAUCGCCUGUACAAGGACUAUCUUGAGGAUCCCGAGUCUGCUCCCGAACCUCCCCCGCCCGUCCAGGGGACUUACCCUCUCUUCGGCGCCACCUACACUACGGAUGUGGUGCUGCCGAGCUUAGAGGAUCAGGGAGUACGUCAGCUCUACCCCAAAGGCCCCACCAUUGACUUCAAGCGGGAAUUAACAUCCCUCAAUAGAGAGCUUCAACUGCAUAUUCUCGAGUUAGCAGAUGUUCUAGUUGAGAGACCGUCUCAAUACGCACGUAGAGUUGAAGACAUCUCUCUUAUUUUCAAGAACUUGCAUCAUCUUCUGAAUUCAUUGCGUCCUCAUCAGGCGAGAGCAACACUCAUUCACAUUCUAGAACGUCAGAUACAACAGAGGAAGCAAGCAAUAGAGGAUAUCAAAAGGAGGAGAGAGGAGGCACAAAGGCUUCUCAAAGAAUCACUCCAGAAUUUGGAUGGUCAUCUGGCAUGAAUACUGUUCUCCUCUAAUGCCUCAUCGUUAGUACAUGAUUUAUCUUGUUAUGUCAUAUCAAGAAUUUUAUGGGAGGCUCUGCUGUAGAGAAUGUGUUUGUUUCCCUUGUGAAUUGUGCAUUUAACUAACAAAAUGAAGUUUUCCUUCACAUAAAGCUUGAACUAAACUUAGAUUUUUUAUUUGUACCAUGCAUCA